AUGAAGACGCCGUCGAGAGCGGUGGAGGUGGAGAUGGAGGCGGAGAAGAUGGAGAAUUUCGUGGCGGAGAAGCCGCGCGGCGGCGGUUUGGGCGCGGCGGCGCGCGUGGAGACGAGAGAGCCGAUGCGGGCGAACGUGACCCCGCCGCCGCGUGCGGCGCAAGUCGUGCAGAAGUCGCCGCCGCCAACGCCGAUGCCUUCGCAGUUGUCUCCACCGCAGAGCGAAUACGCGACGCCGGCGUCUGGGAGGAAACCAAAGAACGGCGCUGCUUCGGCGUCUGAAGCCGCGCACGUCGAACAUUUGAUGUCCUACUUGACUGGCUUUCACGGAUUGCUUUUUGGUCUUAAAGAUCACGUUGAGCGCAUUCGAGGGGCGACGAUUGAAAACGUUUCGCAUGAACUCGCGCGAACGGAUGCGAGAUUGGACACCGCCAUCGCCAGGCUCGAAGCGGCGAUGGGAGUCGAGUCGGGCGAAAACAAAACACAUUAA